AUGUUGCUUGAGGAUCAACGAUUCAUCCACGAGGACCUUGAGAGGUUGGAGCAAGCCGUUGCUGAUCGCGUGGCUGAGAAGCCGCGAAAUAUCCGUGAGGAACUCGCCCGCGACCAUGAACUUGCGAAACUCCUGAACCGAAUCGAGGAGCAGUCCAAGAGACUCCUUGAGAUCUACAAGGAUGCGGACGGUCUUCGCGAGAAUGAAGUGCAGUCGAUCGCGACAGGGGACCAAUUCGAAGUAUUUUACAAACAGCUUGACGGCAUCAAGGAUUUCCACAAGCGAUACCCGAAUGAACCCGUCGACAACCUUGAGAAAGCAUACAAGCGUCGCCAACCUGGCGAAGGCGAAGUGUACGGCAUGGAGAUCGACAACAUGUUCACCGGCGAGGAAGGAUUCGGACAGUACUUGGAUUUGACAGUUCUCCACGAAGACUACUUGAACUUGCCUGGUGUGAAGCGGUUGAAGUAUAUCCAGUAUCUCGAGGUCUUCGACGUUUUUACUCCCCCGACCAUGUCGAUUAAGCGGAAAGAUAAGCUGUCCGACAAAUAUUUCCGCUACGUUGGCGAACUCGCCAGCUAUUUGGAAAGCUUUAUCAGGCGCGUUAAGCCACUCGAGGACCUGGACAAGUUAUUUGGCAGCUUCGAUGAGGAAUUUGACAAACAGUGGGAAGCGAAGGAAGUUCCUGGCUGGACAGAGGAGAAAACUGAAAAUGGUGCCUCUGGGCCCAAAACUGAGGGCACAGGUGAAGGAACAUGGUGCCCAGAUUGUGAGAAGGAAUUUAAGAACGAAAACGUCUACCGGAAUCACUUGACGGGCAAGAAGCAUAUCCGCGCUGCGGAGGCUCGCAAGGCAUCAGGCGCAACGGCUGAGAGGGCCCCAGGAGCGCCGAGCAAUGGAUCCUCUUUCAGCUUAAAGGAACGCGCUGUUGCCGAACGUGAGCACCGCGUGCGUUGCCUGACGAAGGUGCUGCAGGACAAACGACAAGCUACCAGGACCAACGUGGAGCGGAGACAGGGUAUGACGGAACGUGAACGUCAAAUGGAACUCGAGGCUUUGAUGGCCGAACCUGAGAGCUACGGCGAGGGCCAGAAUGGAGAUCAAUCCGACGACGAAGAUGAUGACGAGAAGAUCUAUAACCCGCUGAAGCUUCCUAUUGCCUGGGAUGGCAAGCCGAUUCCAUACUGGCUCUAUAAGCUUCACGGUCUUGGAGUUGAGUAUCAGUGUGAGAUCUGCGGAAACCAUGUCUACAUGGGUCGUCGGGCAUUUGACAAGCAUUUUUCGGAAGCUACGCACAUUCAUGGACUCAAGUGUUUGGGAAUCACAGCAAAUACCAAUCUCUUCCGCGAGAUCACUGGCAUCGACCAGGCUAUACAGCUAUGGGAAUCAUUGGAAGCUGAACGCAAGAAGGAGCGGGAAGCCCGCGACAACGUUGUACAAAUGGAGGACGCCGAAGGCAACGUCAUGCCGGAGAGGAUCUAUCUCGAGUUAGUAUUCUCCCUUUCCAUUCUCAUCUUAGUACAUAUGCUAACAUGUCAUAGUCUUCAAAAGCAAGGCAUUCUUUAG